UCGAGGUAGGCGCUGCUCGAAUCUCGGCGUCGGCCGACGACGGUCGUCACCCAGAAUUCCUCGCGCGAGCGUCAGUUGGAAAGAAAAAUGGCGAACGGAGGUGCCGCGGAGUGCGAACCGAGCGAUCUGACGACGGACGAGGUUGAGCGGCUCAUUGAAGCGGUGAGAGAGCGCGAGUGUCUUUAUGACGUCGGUUCUCUAGAGUACAGGGAUUCCAAGCGAAAAAAGAAUGCCUGGGAGUCCGUGCGCAUUGCCUGCGGCAUGAAGCCCGGUGAGGACGCACAAAAAGCGUGGAAGCGUGUACGCGACAGGGCAACCACCAACGUAAAGGCACCACCUGUGGGCGACACAGCACAGUGUCUAUUAAUGGAAAUGGUGGAAUCUUCUCCUGACGACUCGACCAUUCCCACUGACUUCAAGCCUGCCCAAGAAGAGCUGCAGUGCAGCCCCGAGGCUCCUGUCCCAGCCACGCCGUCCACCUCGGGUGAAUCCACAUCAAGCACCUCGAGGAGGUCAUCAGGCCAGUCACAAAGGUGCCCAGGACCCCCCCAUUCUGCAUGCAGAAGGGAGGCUGACACAAUGGAGAGAGAACUUUUAAAUCAUUUAAGGACUAAAAUGACACAGAACGAGGCGUUUUGCCUACUCUGUAGCACAAUCUCUGGAUCGUUGGGACGAGGUCACUAG